GCCAAAUCACUAUGCUUGGUUUGGUAGGUGGGACCAAAAUAGCUCAAAGUGGUCACCUGAAGAUGUCUGACAAUGCAGAGUCUCCGACAGAAACACAAAAAGAGGAGUCACAGCCAACUUCAGACGACUCGUCGACUAACGAUGAAAAGAAAAAAAUUGAUGUGUUACUGAAAGCAGUGGGAGACACUCCUAUAAUGAAAACAAAGAAGUGGGCUGUGGACAGAGGAAGAACGGUCCAGUCCCUGGCUCAGUUUAUCUCUCGCUUUCUCAAACUUGAUGCAAGUGAACAACUGUUUAUAUAUGUAAACCAAUCUUUUGCCCCAUCACCAGACCAAGAUGUUGGAGUCCUCUUUGAUUGUUUUGGCAGUGAUGGCAAACUUGUUCUACAUUACUGUAAAUCACAGGCCUGGGGUUGAACUGUUUUCUUCUUCUGUUUCAUCUCCAUCUACAUUUAAGGCCGCCCCAUCUGUCUUAAGAAUAUUCUCCAAUAAUACACAUGAUGUUUUUUUUUUCUUUUUUUUUUUUUCUUUUUUAAUGUAUAUACAUAGUGUAAAUAAAUUAUUGUGACAA